UUGAGUUAGAACCUGAUUGGGGGAUUAUAGGGUACACAUGGGACUUUGCAGAAAAGAAAACCGAUGGCCCACAGCCCGUAUGAAGGAAUUGGGGGACGCCGGUUUUUUUAAGCCGAUACUUUUAGGGCGUCCCUGCGCCAAGGGAAAGCUCCUCGCGCUCUCCGUCUUUUUCCCGUCCCACCUAUCUCGAUCCGCCGUCAUCUCUAUUUUGUUCGUCUAGGGUUAGGGUUGGGGUUUUGGGGGAGGGAUGGGGAAGCCGGAGCUGGUGAUUUUCAACUCGUUGACGAAGCAGAAGGAGGUGUUCAAGCCGCUGGUGGAGGGGAAGGUGUCGAUGUACGUCUGCGGGGUCACCCCCUACGAUUUCAGCCAUAUUGGCCAUGCCCGCGCCUACGUCGCCUUCGACGUCGUCCACAGGUAUCUGAAGCAUUUGGGAUAUGAAGUUAAAUAUGUGCGCAACUUCACUGACAUUGAUGACAAGAUUAUCAAAAGAGCAAAUGAAGCAGGGGAGGAUCCAUUAGCUUUGAGCAGCCGGUUUUCCCAAGAAUUCCUGAAUGAUAUGGCUGAACUUCAGUGCCUGCCUCCAAACAUUGAGCCUCGUGUUUCUGAUCACAUAGAUCAGAUCAAGGACAUGAUAACCAAGAUAAUCGAUAAUGGUCAUGCCUAUACUUUGGAUGGUGAUGUUUACUUCUCCGUUGAUAGUUUCCCUGAUUAUUGCCGUUUAUCUGGACGGAAGUUGGAUGAUAACCGUGCAGGUGGAGGGGGCCGGGUUUCUGUUGAUUUAAGAAAGCAGAAUCCAGCAGACUUUGCAUUGUGGAAGUCUGCUAAGCCUGGUGAGCCAAGUUGGGAGAGUCCUUGGGGCCCAGGAAGACCAGGAUGGCAUAUUGAAUGCAGUGCCAUGAGUUCUCAUUAUCUAAGUCAUGCAUUUGAUAUUCAUGGUGGAGGGAAGGAUUUGAUCUUUCCUCAUCAUGAAAAUGAACUUGCACAGAGCCGAGCCGCUAAUUCAGAAAGCAAUGUGAACUACUGGAUGCAUAAUGGCUUUGUUAACAAGGAUAAUCAGAAAAUGUCCAAGUCAGAUGACAAUUUUUUCACAAUUCAAGAUAUUAUUGCAAAAUAUCAUCCAUUGGCUUUGAGGUUCUUUUUGAUGCGUACACAUUAUCGGGCUGAUGUAAAUUAUUCAGACAGACAACUGGAUACUGCAUCAGAUCGUGUUUUUUACAUAUUUCAGACUCUGCAUGACUGUGCAAUGGCUCUGUUGCGAUUUUGUGGGGAAAACUUUCAGUGCCGAGUCCUGGAUGAAACCCAAAAGUUGAUCAACAAGUUCCACACCGACUUCUUGGCUUCAAUGUCAGAUGAUUUGCAUACAACUGCUGUUUUGGAUGAUUUGAUGGAUCCAUUAAAGGCCAUAAACAGUACUGUGAAGGACUUGAAGAAGUCCAAGGGGAAGAGGCAACAGCAGUUAAUUCAGGGUCUGCGUGCAUUGGAGGAGGAAGUUAAGGAUGUUCUUAGCAUCCUUGGUCUGCUGCCUUCUUCCUCGUCUGCUGAGAUUUUGAGGCAACUGAAAGAGAAGGCGCUUAAGAGAGCUGGACUGUCAGAGGAGCAAGUUAUGCAGCAGAUUGAACAGAGGGCUUUAGCAAGGAAGAACAAGCAGUUUGAGAUAUCUGAUGUAAUCAGGAAAGAGCUUUAUGCAAAGGGUAUUGCUUUAAUGGAUGAGCCUCAAGGGACGGUGUGGAGACCAUGUGAACCUCCGGAAAUACAGCCCGAAGAACAUCCUGAAACACAACCAACCAAACAAUCCUGAAAUCAAACAGAAUGAGAUUCACUAAUACCUGAUGAUUGUCUGUCUAAAUUGCUAAUAGCGGGAGUUGGUAUCAAUCAUAUGCUUAACAUAUUUUUACAUGUACAAGUAAAAUAUGUUCAAUAUAUUGCCUAUUUUUGACCAAAUGUGUCCGGUCGGUUGACUAUUUAGCACUGGAAACUUAAAAUAUUACAUUUUGUUAAAUUGAUGAGUACUAGAAUAUUGGGUUGAAAAGGAAAUGGAAGAGAUCGGUUACAGAAA